UCUCACACAGUUUCCACACUGAAACACACCGCACUCACAAUGAUCGUCUCCAAGCAGGCUCUAUAUUCCAGCCACCACCACCAUCUUUCAAUCUAUAUCGGCGGCGGUGGCGCUAGUUCCGUCAAGCUACAUCACUCUUCAUCAUGCAAAACCCGCCGGAAAGUCAGUCGGAGCAACAACGUUGGUUGUACAGCAGCAACUACCAUUACUACUCUUCCUAUAUAUUCCUUCAAAUUUUCGAAUGAAUAUUUAAAUUCCUCAGGUGGUCGUAAUUGUAGUAGAUGCGUCUGUAAGAAUGCUAUGAAUGGGACAAUUAAUGGGAUAAGUGCUGAGGAAGUGGUGUUGUAUGAAGAAGGAGGGAAAAAGAGAAAAGUUAAAUGUGAAGUGGAGGUUAUAUCGUGGAGGGAGCGUCGUGUUAAGUCUGAGGUUGAGGUGGAUGCUGAUGUUGAUUCGGUGUGGAAUGCUCUUACGGAUUAUGAAAGGCUUGCUGAUUUCAUCCCCAAUCUUAUUUUUAGCACAAGAAUUCCCUGUUCUCAACCAGGACGAAUAUGGUUGGAGCAGAGAGGCUUGCAGAGGGCACUAUAUUGGCACAUUGAAGCUCGUGUCGUUUUAGAUCUCCAAGAAUUUCCGAACUCAGCUAAUGGUCAUGAACUUCACUUCUCUAUGGUUGAUGGAGAUUUUAAGAAAUUCGAAGGCAAAUGGUGUGUCAAAUCUGGGAGAAGGUCUUCAUCGGCAAUUCUGUCUUAUGAAGUUAAUGUAAUACCAAACUUCAACCUUCCUGCAAUAUUUAUGGAGAGGAUUAUUAGAUCUGACCUCCCUGUGAAUCUUCAAGCUUUAGCACGUAGAUCUGAGAGAAGGUUUGAAGGAAACGAGAAUACAAGUACAGAAGCUCAUUCAGCUACACUGUCUGUAGCUUCUACCACCAUAGAUAUCGACGGUAGUAGAGAGAAGAAUAUGGAGAGACAACCAAACUCUAGUUUUAGUCCCUUGUCCAAAUCUACUGCCGAAGUAAACAACUGGGGAGUGUUUGGCAAAACUUGUGACCUUGAUAGUCCUUGCAAGGCGGAUGAAAUUCAUCUUCGAAGAUUUGAUGGCCUAUUGGAAAACGGAGGUGUUCACCGAUGUGUUGUUGCAAGCAUAACUGUGAAAGCUCCUGUUCGUGAAGUGUGGAAUGUUUUGACUUCCUAUGAGAACCUUCCUGAGAUAGUUCCAAAUCUAGCUAUUUGCAAGAUUUUAGCACGAGAAAACAACAAAGUUCGGAUUCUUCAGGAAGGAUGCAAAGGAUUACUGUACAUGGUACUUCACGCACGUGUUGUCCUGGAUCUGUGUGAACAUCUUGAGCAAGAGAUAACCUUUGAGCAGGUUGAAGGUGAUUUUGAUUCUUUCAAAGGGAGAUGGCUACUGGAACAACUUGGCAAUCACCAUACCUUAUUGAAAUACAGCGUGGAGUCAAAGAUGCAUCAGGGCUCCUUGCUUUCUGAGGCCAUCAUGGAAGAGGUCAUCUAUGAAGAUCUCCCAUCGAACUUGUGUGCAAUUCGUGAUUAUAUCGAGAAAAAGGAAGCAGAAAGUUCUGUCGAAGAAUGUAAUGAUGUAUUAGACAUGGGAGACGAAGAUAUUAGAUCGAACGUUAGAUAUACUAGUGAUCUUGUCACGAUCGAAUAUCCAUCAAAAUACUCAUCAAAAGGCAAUGCUAAAAUUCCUUCUAGACAAAGACACCGGGUUAUUGGCUUGCACAAGGAUAUAGAAGUACUCAAAUCUGAGCUCCUGAAAUUCAUUUCAGAACAUGGACAAGAAGGGUUUAUGCCAAUGAGAAGCCAACUCAGGAAGCAUGGAAGGUUUGAUAUGGAAAAGGCGAUCUCACGGAGAGGAGGAUUCAGAAAGUUUGCUUCAUUGAUGAAUCUUUCCCUUGCUUACAAGGAUCCCAAACCAAAAGGGUACUGGGAUCAGCUUGAGAAUUUGAAAGAAGAGAUUAGUCGUUUCCAGAAGAGUUGGGGGAUGGAUCCAGCCUUUAUGCCCAGUAGAAAAUCAUUUGAGCGUGGAGGUCGCUAUGACAUAGCUCGUGCAUUGGAGAAAUGGGGUGGCCUACAUGAAGUCUCGCGUCUUCUCUCGCUCAAGGUGAGGCAUCCUAACAGAAUGAGAAACAACGUGAACGAUGCUGACAAGGCACCAUCGAAGCACGAUGUUUCGCAGGACAGGGAGAAGUGGCUUGUGAAACUGAAAGAUUUGGAUAUAAAUUGGGUAGAAUAACAAAGGUCUGUAAAAUCAUUUUCUUUCUGGGUUCUUAGUUCGGUUCUUCAAUAACCGUGUCUUACUUUAAAAAAAAGGCAUACACCGCCCUUUCAAAUGUCUCCACUGUACUGGUCCCACAACCAUCAUGGGAAAUUACAGUGUCCUAAAGACAAAUGGAUGGUGCCCAAAUUCGAGCCUGAAACCUCACUUAUAAAUAGGUAAGUAGCAUCAUGUAAAUAGUACCAAGAACUUUAUGUAGGGUUUAGUGGUUCACAACUUGGAUGGUGGAGAAAAGCAAGAGCUGAUACAUUAUAGAUACAUGUACUUAGC